AUGAACUAUAGAGUAGUUCUUAUUACGGGAGCCAACCGAGGAAUUGGGAGGGGCUUCGCUACGGCUUACCUUGCCAUUCCCAAUACUACCGUCAUCGCAACAGUACGAGAUGUCUCAGCACAAAAUGCAUCUGAGUUGUCUUCGCUGCCUAAAGCCCAAAACUCACGGUUGAUUGUCGCGGAGCUUAGUCUAGAUGCACCAUCAACUGUCACUGAAGCAAUCUCAAAAGUUAUAAAGCAGCACCACAUGGAUCACAUUGAUAUAGUCAUCGCAAAUGCGGGGAUUUGCAACCAUUGGGGGCCGGUGUCAGAAAUAGAAGAUGCUGAUAUGACUUCCCACCUUGAGGUGAAUACGUUGGGUCCACUGAGGCUGUUCAGAGCAACUGCCCCAUUGUUGAAAGCCAGCAAACAUCCUAAAUUUGUCUAUCUGUCCUCUGAGUUGGCAAGCAUUGCUAGUCUCGAGCAGUCAUUGUCACUGACCACUGCAUAUGGAGUUUCAAAAGCGGCAAGUAAUUACAUGGUCAAAAAGAUACAUGAAGAGAAUGAAGGCUUGAUUGCUUUCUCAAUUGACCCCGGGUUUGUCCAGUCUGACAUGGGCAGCCGCGGCGCGCGGUACGGUGGACUGCCAGAGGCUCCAAUGACUAUCAAUGAAAGCGUGGAAGGAAUCAUUGGCCAGAUUGAGUGUGCCACGAAGACCACAACAUCUGGGAAAUUCAUCAGAUUUAAUGGGGAUACCUUGCCGUGGUAGGGAAAACUGCACAAUGUCUUGGAGAAUCGCCAUCUUCGAAAGAGCUGUCAGUCACGGAGAACACAUAUAUAAAUGACAUCAGUCCAAUAUCCUAUGAGAGAAGACUGUGUUGUUCACUGCCAGUGUGCACCGAGUUCGUGACUCAUAAGCCGUAAAAGACAAACAGAAGUGUCUCAACCCUAGCUAUUGACAUAGUGGAG